AUGAAACUCUGGGAAAGGGUUGUCUUAGUCGUUGAGCUGCAGCUUUCGCCGAUAAAAGUUGAAGUCUUUAAACAGAAUGACGUCUCAUGUGUAUUCAACUACAACGAUUAUCUUCAAAGAGCAAAAGCUAAAGAUAGAAGUUGUGUUAAUAUUUUUCUGUAUUGGACGGAUAUUCAUAAAAGAAACAGUAAGUGCUUGUUUUACAUCGUAAGACCAAGUCAAGAAAUUGAUUCAAGUUUUUUAAUAAAGAAAAAGCAAUCAUCUGACUACAGCGCUGAAAUUGGAAAAAAAAAAAUACAUAGAGAAAAACGAGGGAAAAUAUUGAAGAACAAUUUAAGUAGAAAACAGAAAGAAAUUUGUCAAAUCAAUAAAAGUUAUGAACAAGCAUUGCUUUUGGCGGUGACGCAACAUCAUACACAAUGUAGAAUGUGUAGGGAUGAAAUGAAAAUGAAAUUUUAA